CUGCUUUUCAGUCUUGCUCCUCACUCAGCUCAGCCUCUCUCAGUCCAGCAGUCUCACAAACCCACUGGAGUUUAGAGCCAAGCAGGCGAUGUCCCUUCAGCCCUGAGUCCAGUCUGGGAUUUACUAACUCUGGAGGUCUUUCAUGUUACCUAUAGAAAUCUCAGGAGGAGUGUGUUUCACCGUGAGCCAGCACUCAGAGAGAGGCAGGAACGGUAUGAAAACAGAGGAAAACCAGUCAUGUCUUCAACAGACUCCCUCCACCACACCUUAUGAGCAUGUGGGUGGAGGUGAGGUGUGUGCAGGCUGUGAGUCACCCAUAGCCGACCGAUUCCUCUUGCGUGUAAAUGAACAGUCAUGGCAUGAGACCUGUGUGAAGUGCGCCGUGUGCCUGAGCACCCUCAGCGGGACGUGCUACUGCCGAGACCGUCUGCUCUACUGCAAGCACGACUAUGAGAAGUUGUUUGUGCGGAAGUGCAGUGCGUGCCUGCAGGUGAUUGGGCGCUCAGAGCUCAUCAUGCGUGUGCUGGGGCAGGUGUACCACCUGGGCUGCUUCAGCUGCUGCGAGUGUGAGCGCCGGCUGCAGAGGGGUGAUGAGUUUGUGCUUAAGGAAGGUCAGCUGCUGUGCCGGGGUGACUACGAGAAGGAACGGGAGAUGCUGGCUGCCAUCAGCCCCGCCCCUACUGAGUCAGUGAAGAGUGAAGAUGAGGAGGGAGGAAGUGGCUCUGUGGGAGGAAAGGCUGGAGACGAUAGUAAAGAACACAAGCGAUCAAAGCGACCACGCACCAUCCUCACCACACAGCAGCGCCGCGCCUUCAAGGCAUCCUUCGAGGUGUCCUCUAAACCCUGUCGAAAGGUGAGGGAGACCCUGGCAGCUGAGACUGGGUUAACGGUACGAGUUGUACAGGUCUGGUUCCAGAACCAAAGAGCGAAGAUGAAGAAGAUCGCUCGCAGGCAGCAGCAGCAGCAACAACAGCAGGAGCAGGAGCAGAUCAGUGGGAGCAGAAGGGGCCCAAGCAGAGGGGGGCGUCAGAGCAAUGAUGAUAGUGAAGAUGGUUCCAGCAGUCAUGGAUUAGAUGGCAUGCUCUCCUAUUCCUCUAUGACACGGCAGCAGCUCUUGGCUCUCGACCCAAACAUAUACGGAUCUGAGCAGUUCCGGCAUGGCCUAACACCCCCUCAGCUAGGCCCAGAGCAGAUGCACCCUUAUGACUCAGAAACAGUGUUUCACGACUUGGACAGCGACGGAAGCCUCGGUCACCUUGGUGAUUGUCUCUUGGCGACGGCCGAUGGAGUCGUGGCGGGACGCGUGGGAAAUCCAAUUGACCGCCUCUAUUCCAUGCAAAACUCCUACUUCACCUCGUGACCCCUCUUCACCUCUGACCCCAGACUAAGCCCACCACCGCCACCAUGGAAAGAGGCAGCAUGCUGACGAAGUCCUGCUGGAUAUUUAACCUUCAAACCACCAAGUUUAAUAGAACCUCACACAUCACAGUCUCACUUCAGCUGUGCCAGUCAUGGUCCUUUGGGAGUAAAGUUAUAUGCGAUUUAGAGAGCAGGAAGCAAAUUCCACAAGCUUGGGAUUGAUUGAGAACUAGGCUGGAGGUAUCCGGAAUAAGAGCAUCCACAAGUUUAAUCAAUGAUGAUUGUGCAUGAUACCAAGAUAAGGAAGAUACAUGUACAUAUACAUUUUUGUAUCAGUCAUUGGCACACUAUAAGUACAAACAGGCAGCUGAUCACAAAGGUAUUACCUCAUCGUACAUGUACAUGUUGUUGAUAGAACAGCUAAAAUGUUAACAUAUUAAAUUCAUACAACCCCAAAUGAGAAAGUGUUGGGACAGUAUGGAAAUGGGGAAAAAAUGCUGUUUCUUAGAUUUGCUUUGACUCUUCAAUUUUUAUGUUUUGUCCGGUCAACUUAUUUCAUUUGUAUAUAUACUGUACAUCCAUUCCACACAGGUAAUUGUAUCCACAAUUUAUAUCCACAAAAGGUUUGAGAAGCGAAGAUGGGCGCAUUACUGUGCAAAAAGAUGCCCUUAUGUCAACCAUGCCCAGAAGUGGAGUCAACUUCUGAGGGCUAGGAGGCAUCUGGGGUGAACCAUCACACUAUCACUGGGAAAAUGUGUAUUGUGGUCAAACAAAUCAGCAUUCCUGGUCCUUUUAAAAAAAGAAAUGGACCGUGUGCUCUGGAUUAAAUUAUUCCAAACAUUUUUGAACAAGACAAUGCAAAACAGCAUGCUGUACACACAUUACAGAGGAAUGCCUGUGGACGAAGAGGGUGCAGGUCCUGAUCUGUCCCCAGUAGAGAAUUUUUGGAGGAUUUUUGAAUGCAAAUGCAUGACAUGUGAUAUCAUAAAGCAGCCUAUCAUCUCUUGGUAUCUUUGCUACCAAAACAGCACGAUGGCAGUCACAAAUGUUUUGGGAGUGUGCUAAAAUGCAGGAAUGGAUGUACAUUAACAAUUUAAUUAAGUUGAAAGGGCAAAACAUGGAAUAUCUUGGGUUUAUUCCGCUUGCAAAGUUAAUAUGAGACACACUGUUUUUUAUUUGCAUUUUUAAUACUGUCUUAGAAUUCUGUCUGGAAUUUAGUGGUAGAUCUGUAAUUUAUAAAGGACCCAUUAUUUGCCAAUUCUUUUAUGUAUACAGAAAAUAAGCAUAAUUGCCUAGGAAUUACUUUUUUAUCACCCACAAAUGUUUUUUGUUUAAAAAAAUAGUUUACAUGUUUAAGAGUAUAUAUGACCAGUAUAAAUGCAACAAAGGACCAGAAGUUUGUUAUUACUUAUAGCCCAGUCUUUUCUAAGACAUUGCAGGGCAAAGUUUAGUAUGUUUAUUGCCCUCAGCCAAUUCUGAAACACUGCAUAGGAUGUGUUAUUCAGCAGGAAAGUGGUAAACUGUGCCGAGUCACAGCCUGUCUGCUUUGAAACUGUGCUCCAUUAACUUAGGGAGUUUUGAUAGGGUUCAGAGAGCAAAGCAGGAAAAUACAUACCAGAGUGAUUAAGACAGAGCCAAAUGCAGCUCGACCUUAGCAGGGAUGUGUACAGAGCCAUAGCUGGAUGGACACGAUCAGGUGGAAUUGAGUGGAAAUGGACUAAUGGAAUAAUUAAAUACUGGAAGUCUUUUAGUUGUAAAACAUACAGCACUGUGCAAACAUCCUAGGCAUCUAAACAGAUUGUAUACAAUUGCUUAUCUUGGCUAUUUGUAUUAGAUUUGCUUGAAAAAAAAAACAUAGGCUGUAUAUAAGUAUACAGUAUAUGGUAAAAACACCACUAUAGGAGCCAAUGAGCCUAAAUACAGUAUUAAAUACAAGGAAUAUCUUGUUUUCAAGGAAGUAUUCGAAAUAUUUUGAGUUGGUUAGUUAAUUCGAAAAACACAGGGUUUGUUUAAAUGUUCCAAUAGCAGCGGGACUAAUUAGCCAAAGCAGGCUACAAAUAAUAAUGAGCCAUUUUAGAAUUAUUUUAUGCUUACAGCCUUUAAAAAGAACUGAAAAGAUUGUUUGCACAAUUCUGUAUAUUAACAAGGACCCCAUUUACUCCUGGUCACUUCAUGGGAUUAGUAUGUAGAUUUUAUCCUCAUGCAUUUCCACUUGGUGGUCAACUGGAUGUUUGGCUAGUUAGACUGAAAUUCACUUCUGUGCGGGAUUAAAUGUCCAAAUUUGCUUUGUUGUGUGACGAUUAUUACUGGUGUUUUGGUUGUACGUGAGAUUUUUACACUUGCAUUUUAUGUAUAAUCCUGAUAUUCAAGACACAUAGUUACAAGUGACCAGGUUUAAAUGGGUCUAAGAUAACUGGAGAUGGAAAUAGAGAUCCAAGAUUCAACAGAUUUAGGAGUAGGACCAAUAUAUAGAGCCAAAAUAUGGGUUAAAUAGAUCUAAAAACGUUGAAUUAGGUUUAUCUGAGCUGAUUUUGCAGCAAAGCUUAUCCAUGUCAUUCCACCAAGUCUGGGCUAACUAGAAUUCUUAAAAGUGUGCCAUUCUUAAAAGAGUUUUUCCUCUUUCUUGAUCUCAGACCAUAUUUAGGGUAGUCUUGAAUUGCCAAAUGUUGUUAAGAGGCUUGUUUAGGGUCAGGAAACUCAUCAGGGUCUAACACAGCUAACAGGGUUGCUUUGAGAGCCUUGCGGGUUACAGGGUAGAGGUAUGCUAUCAUAGCAUUUACACUAUUGUUAUUAUUAUUAUUCUUUACUACGAGUGUUAAGGAAAUAAACAGCCCCUUGGUGUUUUUUUGGGGGGGUGCACAGCACUUGGCAGGUUGAUGCUAAAUGUAAUUGAGCUCUAUUGUAAUAUGCUUAGUGUGUUUGUACUAUUACUACUGUUGUUGCAAUGAUCACUACGGUCUCUCUGUGGCUCCGUAUGAUAUACUGUUGGAUAUUUUGUAGUUUCUCCUGUGUGGCAGAACUUCAGUAUUGGAAUAUUUAUGUUGCAGCAUGAUAUACUGUAUAUGUGAGACCUUUCUUAUUUAAUAAUUGAAGAAUGUACAGAGCACUUAUUGUUUUAACAGUGUCGACUUGCUAUAUUCAUCUCUGACUAAUUGGACCAAGCAGCCGCAAGCUGUGACUGGAGAACCUGGAUGUGCAGAAGAAUUUUAACAAGUCAGAUGUUCCUGGAUCUUUUGGUUACGUUGGACUGUCUCCUGGAUAAUUCAGUGUGUGAUAUUUCAUGAAGGACUACUGAAAGGGAAGAGAUUUAAGACACAAUGUUUUCUGUUUGUUUUCUUUCUGUGAUUCUCUUUGCGUAAAAGAAAAAAUGUC